AUGAACCAGCUGUGCAAAGUAUGCGGCGAACCGGCGGCUGGUUUUCAUUUUGGCGCGUUCACAUGCGAAGGCUGUAAGUCAUUCUUCGGACGCACCUACAACAAUAUUGCAGCAAUUGCCGGCUGCAAACACAAUGGCGACUGUGUCAUCAACAAGAAGAAUCGCACUGCUUGCAAGGCGUGCAGACUGCGUAAGUGUUUGCUGGUGGGCAUGUCGAAGAGCGGAUCUCGUUAUGGCCGUCGCUCAAAUUGGUUCAAGAUUCAUUGUCUGCUGCAGGAGCAGCAAGGCGGACCAGGGAGCCCAAGCAAUGCCAGUGUUGGCAACGCUAACUGGGAUCAGUUGGCGCGUCUGCAACACGCGGGCAGUCAAGCACGUCAAACGUACCAGGACAAAACAAAUCCCUGCAUUAAAUCGGUGACAGCAGCAGUUGUUAUGCCCACAAAUACGCAGCCCACAGCAGUGGAAACAUCCACAUCGAAUUCGCCAAGUUUGCCACGAUUUCUACAGGCAGCCAAGUUUCUGAACGAGCACCAACAGCGACAAUUUAAGCUUGAAUCCCGCCUUAGCAACACACCGAGCGACUCUGGCGCUUCGUCGGCUGGCGAUCCAACGGACGAUGGCACCAGUGUGUUGAGUGCCACAAUAAGCACCAUCCAGAAAGCCCAACAGCAGAGCAACUCCACCUAUGCGGCCAGCUCGGAGACGGAUGUGGACCAGCAGGAGCGACGCCAUAAGGAGCUGCUGGAGAUCUUUCGCAGUCACUCGGAGCCGCUCUAUAGCUCGUUUGCUCCAUUCAGCCUACCCCCAGCUCUAGUGGGCGCAAGUGUACCGCCGCUGCCCAUAUUCAAGGAACAAUUCAAAGCGGACAUGCUGCUACCUUUGCCAGACAGCAGUCCAACGGAAGAGGAACCCAUUGAUCUUUCACUAAGAUCACGAACAGAAGCGAUUAGUCCUGCAGCCAAUGGAUCAAGCAGUCAUCACAGUGAAGCCACCAUCCUGCCCUCCAACGCCUCCUCCCCGACGCCGAUAUAUGUGCGCAAGACCACGCCUCUUGACCUCACUCUGGUGCGCUCGCAAACUCUUACGGGUUAAGAGCUUGCCUGAUUGCCUAAGAAUUCAAAUGAGUGUCAUUACGACUAUAUGUAUGCAUAUCUUCAUAUAUAUAGCGGAGAUUUGAUACUGGUACC